AAGAGUUUUGUGAAACCGGGCAGUAUGGUGAAAUACCAUUGGACUGUGCCAGAUGACAUGGGACCCAACCAUCAAGACCCACCAUGCAUCAGCCGCUUCUACAGUUCCGGUGUUGACGUGAUCACAGACGGCUUCAGUGGCCUGGUCGGGCCUCUGUUGGUGUGUCGCAAGGGGGCUAUUGGGAAAAAUGACAGGGAAGUUGGGAUCGACAAGGAAUAUUUUCUUUUCUAUUCAUUGAUGGAUGAAAACAUUUCUUGGUAUCUGGAAGAAAAUAUCAAAAUGGCUGGAGUCGAUCCAAAAAGGAACAAGUCUGAUGAUGACUUCAUUGAAUCCAACACCAUGCGAAGCAUCAAUGGACUGAUGUAUGGUAAUCUCCGUGGUCUCAACAUGUGUAAGGGCGACCGUAUCAAGUGGCACGUGUUUGCUUUGGGUGGAUGGAAUGACCUUCACACUCUCUAUAUCCAUGGCAACGAGUAUAUCAAUCAUCAUCAGCACAAGGUGUCCACAGGAUUGGUGUCCGGAGCACUGAAGACUUUGACAAUGGUUGCAAAGAAUACUGGAGUCUGGGGCAUUGAAUGUCAUGCAAAUCUUCACUUUCGUGGUGGGCUUAAGGCAAUGUACAGCGUGAAGGAGAGUGCACCUACCCACUCCCCCACUCCUGCGCCACCUCGCGGCGUAGAGAGAGUAUAUUACAUACAGGCAGAGGUGGUGGAAUGGGAAUAUGCCCCGGAUCACAAAGAUAAAGUGAGCGGUGAACCGUUCCACACCAAAGGGAGACCUGGUCAAAGGUAUACAAACCAUACCGACACUCUACUAGGAACAAGAUACAUCAAAGCAGUGUACAAGGAAUAUACUGAUGCCAAAUUCCGGAAACCAAAGACAAGAACACCAGACGAGGAAUAUUUGGGCAUGUUAGGUCCACUUAUCCGUAUCCAUGUCGGGGACACUUUGAAAAUUGUAUUCCGAAACAAAGCCAUGAGACCAUAUUCAGUUCAUGCAGAGGGACUUCCUUAUAGCAAGGUUCGUUCUGCCGCUUGGGAUCCACGCCAACGUGAUCAACCAAUUGCAGACCCUGGGAAAACAGUUAGUUACCAGUGGAAGGUGACCGCGGAGGUUGGACCGGGAAAGGGUGAUGCGCCGUGUGUGACGCGGAUGUAUUACUCCGACGUUGACGUGGCUUCAGACACAAACUCGGGACUGGUGGGACCUCUGGUGAUUUGCAGGCCUGGAGUGCUUGGAAAAGAUGGAAAACGAAAUGACGUUGACAAGGAUUUUGCGGUGUAUUUUGCAAUGUUUGAUGAAAAUCUCAGCUGGUAUAUAGAGGAAAAUAUAAAUACCUUUGCCGGGCGACCAGACUUGGUGGAUCCGACGAACCAGGGGUUUGUGAACAGUAAUCAUAUGCAUGUAAUUAAUGGGUAUAUAUUUGGAAACGGCAAAUGUCCAACGAUGUACGAAGGCGAGAGAAUCGACUGGUACAUGAUGGCUUUAGGUUCAGACUUUGACCUUCACUCCAUUCAUUUCCAUGGCAACGUGAUGAUUGAAUACAGCGACACAGCUCGAAUAAAUGACGUGAGUCAAUUGUAUCCGGGAAUGUUUAUCACAGUGAGGAUGGCCGCCGACAAUCCUGGGACAUGGCUUUACCACUGCCAUGUGAACAAUCACAUCCUCGCGGGUAUGGAGGGCAAAUACCGAGUCAUCGCUAAUACAACCAGACAUGGGACGCAUUUAGAUGUCAAAGAACAGAAGACUUACAGAACACAAUAGAUUCAAUUGGUUGCAUGUUCACGCGCGCGUGCGUGCGUGCGUGCGUGUGUGCAUGCGUGUGCGUGCAUACGUGUACUCACACACACAUACAUACAACUUUCUAGAAGAUCUGUUAGCCUUAGAGCCUCUUACAUGAAUGUCAUCUGUACGGACUCCACAGUUUACUUCCGAUAUCCGCACAGCAAACUAUCCAUUGUUUUGCAAUGCGAUCACAAGCAGUCGUCAUUAUGAUGUUUGUUUGUUUGUUAGCUCCGCACUCAGCAAUAUUCGAGCUAUAUGACGGCGGUCUGUAAAUAAUCGAGUCUCGUCCAGACAACCCAGUGAUAUCAUGAGCCUCGAUCCACGCAAUGGGUGUACGAUGACAUGUGUUAACUAAGACAGCGAACCUGACCACCCGAUCCCGUUAGUGGCACCUCACGACAAGCAUUCGCCUUUUAUGAACAUUCUACGGAUUUUUAUGUGAUAUCAAUAUCUAUAAGUACUAAUGGGAUGUUUUGUGUACGUUUACUAUGGGCUAAUUUAGUCAUUUAGGGGAAAUGUUGAAAACACUGAUCAUAAUAUGCCAGCGCAACCAGAAGCAGUAUAUAGAUGUAUCUUAAGGGUUGAUUGUUAAGAGAGUGGUUUCAACAUUGUUGUUACCUGUGUGGUCUCAACACUGAGUAUGGUUCAGACACGUGUGGUGUCCAGAUUGAAUUGCUGAAUGUGGGAUUUCAACAAACGGUAAAAAAAAAGCUUACGGGACUUUCGGUUCAGAUCAUCCAUUAUGAGGUACGUAACAUACGACACAUGUAUACAUAAUAAAAGAUCACAUACUUUAUCUCCCACGUCACCGAAAUAGGCGUUGUUACGUGUUGAAUCUGAAAUGGAAACGCGAAGGUUAACCCCACAAGAUCAAUGAACAAUUAACAAAUUACAUUGAAACACACAGCAUGUGGUUGACAAUCGUAAGAGGCCAUACAGUGGCAGCAGCAAUAACAACAGGCCCUACUGCACAAGUCAUUGCACUCACGCAUGUCCAGAAUUGAUCAGAGUUGAAUGUAUUUUGUGAGGGGUUCUUGCAUCCAGGAAACAGUGUUGAAAGCAGGUAGAAAAGUCGGUGUUUUUCAAUAGGUAUCACGUCCGCACUGGGCAAGAAGACAGGUCACAAAUGUGGUCGAAGAAGGAAGACCUCGAAUCGCCCUCGUUUUCCCACUUAUAUAGGAACAGCUAGCUUUCGAGAAACUGCUCGAAUAAAGUAGUCAGUCCCGGAAGUAAAUCGUCAAGAUCCACACAGCGGAGUUCUCUAUACAGUGAGGGUGACAAAGGUGUCAAGCGCUGGGACGGAGUCUGGACUAUAAACAACCGCAGCUAAGGAAAGUAACUCUCAAUUACAAGUCACUGCCAAACCUCGACAAUCGUCGGAAACAAGGUACAAUAUCUACUGCCACAUAACAGUGUCUACUGCUGGCCGUUUCAGAUGUUGUGGACAGGUGUCGUGAGGAAAUGAAACUUGUUCUUCAGCUGAAGAGACUAUGCUUGAACUACCCCAUAAGUCGGGAAUGUUCUGAUGAUUUUACCUCUGGGGCAUAGUCCACAUGCUAUGUAUCAUAUUAGGUGUAUACAUGUUUGUUAUCAUACACAUAAUAACUACUCCCAAGAAGUUGAAGAAUUCUCGAUUGGCCUGCCAGAUAGAAUAACUAUUCUUACACACCUAUGGGUGAGAGACCCAUUUGAGAUAACUGGUAUCAAACAUAUGUUUGAGAUCGAAUUCCAGGCCCGUGAUUGGCCACUCCAUGGUGAUGACCUGAGGUCAGAUGAUGACGGAUUACUUUUCUGAUUGUAAGUCACUGAUAAGUUGCUCGUGCUUCAGUCGAAUG